AAAUUUCUGACGGGCAAUCUUACCACAUUCUCAGUCACAGCUUCUCCUCUCCAUGUGUCUGAUCAUCGAAAGGGAUGAGAGGGCACGGCCGACGCAGAGAUCUGGAGGUGAGUCAAAAGAGACCCAGGGGUUGAGUGGAGGGAGACUUGGAUAUGGUUGUCGAUGGAGAAGGGAGAUCGGGAGAGAAGUAGGUGUGAGUGGAGGCCGACCGGUGUGCGAGGAAGAGUUCGAAUAAGAUGAGCGGCGGACAAAGGUCAUUCGGGUCUGACCUCGAGUGGAAGAGAAGAUGUUGAUGACAGGAAGUAGAUCUAGGGGCUCGACAGGGGAUCUGGAUCUGCUCUCCCAUGUUGGAGAACAAAGAAUCCAUGGUUUGGAGAAAACAGCUUCAUAGAUCUUAACCUUCCUGCUCCCAUGGAAGACGAUGAUUUCAGCCAAAUUGAGCUCUCUGCUGUGUUUGGAGUUUUGGCAAUUGGCAAAGCUAGUGAGACUGUGAAGGUUGAUUAAUGGUAUUUUCAAGCAGAGAAAGGGUCAUAAUUGAUAAUGAUACAAGAACCAAGGUUAUCUAAUUAAGGUAUUAGGUUGAA